AUGUUGUCAAGAGUCAUUAGAUCAUCUGCACCAUCAUCCGUCAGAUUUUUCUCCACCACCAGAAUUGCUAUGGUGAACCAAAACAUUGGUCACGACUCAUUCUCCGAGAAAGAAAGAGCACAAGAAAACGUUUACAUCAAGAAACAAGAAGAAGCUCAAUUGAAGAAAUUGAGGGAGAAGUUGCAAGAGCAAAAGGACACCAUUGACAAAUUGGAGGAAGAGCUCAGAAACCACAAGGAGAAGAAUUAA